CUUCAAGAAAGCCGUUUUAUCUCAUCCACAACGAUACUACACAUGAAUACCGAUAAACUAACUGAGAAAAUACGGAAAUCGGCGACAAAACGCCAAGCGGAAAGAGACGCUUAUUAAUAUGUUAUUUGUGAAUGUUUUUUCGUGUUAGAUCUUCUCUGGUUCGCUCUCUCCUUGCGGUUGUCAUGUAGCUAUAGGCCGCAUUGGAUUGGAUUGUGUUGUUUGGGGAGGAGACCUUUCAGAGAGCUGCUAGACUUCGUUGCUGAUAUUGCACGGUAAAAUCGUGUCAGUAUAUUUUUUUUUUGUUUGGAGGUUUUUGCUAUUUUUCAAAACUGGAUUGUGGAUUCCUUACGGUUUUGAAGGAUGGACGUGGACGUGUGUGCUGGCGGGGACAGCACCCGGAGGAAGCUGGAUUCGGGAGGCGAAGGGGCGCUGGAGGUUGUACCUCUGGAGCUCUAUGACUCAGCCAGGGCGAAAAUAGACGCAAAUCUGCGAUGGCUGUUCGCCAAAGCGUACGGCAUAGACCACAUCCCAGAGGACCUGCGGGACCCCUUCUACACGGACCAGUACGAGCAGGAGCACAUCAAGCCUCCUGUGAUCCGGCUGCUGCUGUCCAGCGAGCUGUACUGCCGUGUGUGUGGCCUCAUCCUCAAGGGGGACCAGGUGGCCACGCUGCAGUCCCACCAGUCCGUCAUCCAGGCCCUAUCCCGUAAGGGUAUCUAUGUAAUGGAGAGCGAUGACACGCCCGUCUCCGAGUCUGACCUUGCCUGCGUGCCCAUCAAGAUGAGCGCUCACAUGCCCAUGAUCGACGCCCUGAUGAUGGCCUACACAGUGGAGAUGAUCAGCAUUGAGAAGGUGGUGGCCAGCGUGAAGCGCUUCUCCACCUUCAGCGCCUCUAAGGAACUGCCCUUUGACCUGGAGGAUGCAAUGGUCUUCUGGAUCAACAAGGUGAACCUGAAGAUGAGGGAGAUCAUGGAGAAGGAGCUCAAACUGAAGCAGCACCUGCUGGAGUCUCCAAGCCACCAGAAGUCUCCCUCCAAAUGGUAUUGGAAACUAGUACCUGUGCGAUAUCGCAGGGACCACCUCUCUGGCCGACAGCUGCCCUACUUCCCCCUGCUGGAGGAUCUGAUGAAGGAUGUGUGCGAUGGUGCUGCUCUGCUGGCAGUGGUCCACUACUACUGCCCCGAGCACAUGAAACUUGACGAUAUCUGCUUGAAGGAGGUGACCUCAAUCGCUGACAGUCUCUAUAACAUCCAGCUGCUGAAGGAGUUUGCCAAUGAGUACCUUAAUAAGAGCUUCUAUCUGACCACUGAGGACAUGCUGUAUGCUCCUCUAGUGCUCAAGCACAACGUCAUGGUCUUCAUUGCUGAGCUCUUCUGGUGGUUCGAGAUUGUCAAACCCGAUUUCGUCCAGCCCAGGGACCUCCAGGAAAUCAAAGACGCGAGGACAGUGCAGUCUAAGAGCGCCCGCCCCCCAGUGCCCAUUUCCAACGCCACCAAGCGUAGCUUUCUGGUGACGCCCAUCUCGGGGGACAGUGUGGUAACUGGCCAAAGCCCAGAAGUCUGUAACAGGUACUACCUGCACCUUGAAGAGUCUGACCCUCUUAAAGGGAGUCCUGCCCUCGGCCCCUCCCAUCCCUUGCUCCCUCUGAGACAGAGACAGCAGAAAUCCCUGCAAGGAGAGGAGAGCUUAGGGUGUCGGAACCGCUCAAACUCCCUAACACGCGUGGAUGGCCAGCCCCAGGGCUCAGUGGUGGCCUGGCCAGACAGGAAGCAGAGGCCCAUGUCCCAGCCCACCCCCUACGCGCUCCACUAUGCCACCGACAGUGAUGCUGACCUGGCUUCAGGCGACAGUGUCAGCCUCGCCCGCUCCAUCAGCAAGGACAGCCUCGCCUCCAACGUGGUGAGCAUCACCCCCAAGCACCAACUGGGGGCGCCAGCGGGUCCCCAGGGCCCGCGCCGUGUCAACGGCCAGAGCCUGCUGGGACACGUCAAUAUGGAGGACGAGGAGGAGGAGGAGCUGGUGGCCAUCAUCAGGUCAGAGGAAGGAGCUGAUGGUGGCCGCCUCCCAGACCAGGGUGACCUGGACCUCCAGAGUGUGUCCUCCCGAGCCACAAGCGCCCGUUCCCCCCAGAAGAGGCCCGAGGAGGGGCCCGAGCCCCGACCCAAUAGCUUUUACUUAGAACCACUGAUGCCUGCUGUGCUGAAGCCAGCGAAGGAGAAGUCUGUAAACCCCAACAAGGAGGAGGAGUGCGGGGAGGGCAGGACCCGGGGGUCCUACCGGAGGGUAGGUGAGGGACCCGCGCCCUCCACCAGGAGGAGAGCCCCCGGAGCUGACCAUGACCUCAGCAGGACCUUCACUCCCAUCUCCAGUGCCGAGUUUCCCCCCGCAGAGCCAACACGCCCCCCGGCAGACAGUGUCCUGGACACCGAGCGGCCCUGUGGCUUCUUCCUCCACGCGUCAGACUCUGAGGACAGGCCGCCCCUUGCCGGGCACGUCCGCAGCGGCCCCUUCCCUGUCCCGCCGCUGGCGUGGGACAUCAGCCGCGACUCGGACUCGGAGAUCGCCGACAUGGACGAGGAUGAGCCGGAGGAGGAGCUGGAGCAAGGCAAGGCCAAGGGCUACGGCGAGGAGGAGGAGGAGUCAGCCAAGCUGCAGGCGGACAUGAAGGUGCGGGAGCACGAGGACAAGGAUGGCGCCAGCGGCCGCUCCAGCCCCUGCCUCAGCACCGUGUCGCAGGCCAGUAGUGCUGCCAGUGGCAGUGUGCGCAUGACCAGCUUUGCUGAGCGUAAGCUGCACCGGACGGGCGGUGGCGGGAGUGGUUAUGACGCACGCUCCAGCUCCAGCAGCUCACAGAAAACCACGCCCGAUGGCUCAGAGUGUGCCCCCCCACCCCUCACCUCCUGGAAGCUGAGGCGUGAGCAGAGCCCCACAGGGCAGGGCAAGGACGGUGUCAACGUGCUGGCAUCGGAGCUGGUGCAGCUGCACAUGCAGCUGGAGGAGAAGAGGCGUGCCAUUGAGUCGCAGAAGAAGAAGAUGGAGUCGCUCUCUGCCCGGCAGAGGCUGAAGCUGGGGAAGGCAGCCUUCCUCAACAUCGUCAAGAAGGGCAAGAGCGACACCCUCCCCCAGCCCCUGAAGGCUGACUACUACUCCCAAGAGGAGCAGAGGCUCAAUGGGGGCAAGGAACUAUCCUCUAAGGAUGACUCCUGUGUGGAUGGGCUGAGGGGCACGGCCAAGGAGUGGGAGGUGCAGGAGGGGAGGACCUCCCUCCGGUGGGCCAGGGAGUCCCCGCCCCCUCCUGGUACUCUGGAGGUAGACAACAAGCUAAACGGCGGGCUGCUGCUGGAUGAUGGUGCGGCUGAGCCAGACCUGAACGAGUGCAACCGCUCCAUUGAGAUGCUGAAUGAGGCCAUCAGUGCCAUCCAGCAGCAGAUGAUGCAGCUGUCCCUGCAGCAGGACCUACUCAUGAAGCAGAAUAUCCAGUCUCCCCCUGGUGGGGCCCCCCCGGCUGCAGCCUCCGGCUCCAGCCCCUCCUCUGCACCAGCCAACGGGAAGGGUGCCCCGCCUGAGCCCAAGAUCCGCCCUGCUGUGCACUUCGUGGAGCCCCUGUCGGCCUCUGGGAGCGCUCCGGUGCGCCGGCCGCCCAAGCUGAGCUCGGGGCGGGGCCCACGGGCCAAGCCGGCCGACCUGAAACUGACCAAGGAAAGUGGCAAGCCAGCGUUGCGCGCCAUCACCCCCACCCAGAGCGUGGAGACCCUCCCCCACCUCAGGCAGUUCCCUGGGGGCCGGACCCCCAAGGAGGAGCAGGAGGGCAGUGGCUCUUCGCCCAAAGAGGCGGCCAGCCCCCUGGAAAGGGGCAACCUGCGGCGUGCCACCUUCCGGCUUCACGAUGAGGCCAACCAGCGCACCCUGGCCGCCCCUGCCCCCGCCCCCAUGUCCAGGGAAGCAAGCUCCACCCUGCCCGAGUGGCCCACUGAAGAGAUCCCACCUGCAGGCCCAAGGGAGAGCGAGUCAAGUGUGCUGGACAGCAUGGGGAGGGAGGCCGCCCCCGCUGAGGAGGUGUCCCGGAGCAAGGCCCACCUGAUCGAGGUGGAUCUGUCCGACCUGAAAGACCCGUCCGAGGAGGGCGGCUCCGACAUCCAGGACAUGACCGUCGAUAUCGCCGACGGGGACCAGAAGUCUGUGCUUGGGUUCUUUUUCAAGGAUGAGCAGAAGGCGGAGGAUGAGCUGGCGAAGAAGCGGGCGGCCUUCCUGCUGAAGCAGCAGCGCAAGGCUGAGGAGGCACGGCUCCGCAAGCAGCAGCUGGAGGUGGAGAUCGAGAUGAAGCGCGAUGAGGCCAGGCGGAAGGCCGAGGAAGACCGGAUCAGGAAGGAGGAGGAGAAGGCCCGCCGCGAGCUCAUCAAGCAAGAGUACCUGAGGCGGAAACAGCAGGAGAUGAUCGAGGAGCAGGGCCUGGCCAAGCCCAAAGGCAAGUCCAAGAAGCCCAGGCCCAAGUCUGUGCACCGUGGAGAGUCGUCCAGCGACACAUACUCCAAGUGCUCUUCCACACCUGACAACCUGAGCAGCGCCCAGUCUGGCUCCAGCCUGUCACUGGCCUCUGCUGCUACCACCGAAGCCGAGAGUGUCAACUCUGGAGGGACGGGAUCUCAGCAGGCUGAGUCGGUGGAGUCCUUCCCAGGGCUGAGCCGCAAUGCCAGUCGCAACAUGGAGAGGGACUGGGACAAUGGGUCCACGGCAUCCUCCAUCACCUCAGUGGCAGAGUACAGCGGCCCUAAAUUGUUUAAGGAGCCGAGCGCAAAGUCAAACAAGCCAAUAAUCCACAACGCCAUAGCCCACUGCUGUCUUGCUGGCAAGGUCAAUGAACCACAGAAGAAUUCCAUUCUCGAGGAGCUGGAGAAGUGCGAGUCCAAUCACUUGAUGAUCCUGUUCCGGGACGGGGGGUGCCAGUUCCGGGCGCUCUACUCGUACUUCCCCGACACUGAGGAGAUCCACAAGCUGACGGGCACGGGGCCCAAGAGCAUCAACAAAAAGAUGAUUGACAAGCUGUACAAGUACAGCUCGGACCGCAAACAGUUCACCGUGAUCCCGGCCAAGACCGUGUCAGUCAGCGUGGACGCGCUCACCAUCCACAACCACCUGUGGCAGGUGAAGAGACCCACCGUGCCAAAGAAGAGCGGGAAGUGAGGGUGUGGAAGAAGAGGAGGAGGAGGAGAGGAAGUCUCGCUCUCUCUUUCUCUUUCUCUUACUCGGCGUGGUCCUAGACAGGUUGCAUUAAUUUCCAGAGCAUGCGUUAUGUGGUGGUGACACCAGAGACGAGGGCGCCCUCCUGUGGGCGCAUCCAGAGUGGGGCUAGAGCAGGCCACACUUUUGUUUCUGAAUUUCCAGUAGGAAGUAAUGGACUUCUGUCAGAGCAGACAUUGUCAUCUGGAUGGACACGUGAAGCCGGGAUUUUAAUGUGGUCUGUUCAGGCUUGGGUUUGUGUUGGUUUUUUUUUUUUUUUUUUUUUUUUUGGAAAGAGCCCUCUGCAUGUACCGCUGUUUUCCUAACUGGCGGAUUUCUUUUUACUUGAAGUAUUUAUUGGUUUGGCAUCAAAUUCAGGUGCUCUUCUGCCGCCUCUUCUGCGCCCCCCCAAUGGACAAAAAGGGACAAAUUUUUUGUGGGGAGGGUGCAAUGUCCAUUGCGCAGGCCGGGACUCACCUCCCAAGCUGGCCAUCUCCUCCCAGCAGUAGGCUAUAACCCCCCAUCUCACAAUGCAAUCCAUCAGACACGCCCUGGCACCCACCCACCCUCCCCUGUACCCUCCCAGAAUUCCCCCAAAACAUGCUGCUCAAGAACUCUUUUUAACAGUUUUACUGAGAUGGUCCCAGCCCCACGCAGGCCUUCAUGCGUCGUGGUACUCUUGUCUAUUUAUUGGAUGCUUUUACCCACUGCAGAGAGAACUUUUAAUACUCUUUCUCUGUUAAUCUUUUUUUUUUGGUACGAAAGGGAUGAGAGACUGGUCUGAGUGUCAGCCGCUUUUUCUGUCCUCUCUAGUUUGUGUGGUAUAAAGAUUUAACGCAGGUGUUACAUGUGCAUACCGUAAAUCCGACAUUGUUAGAGCUAGAAAUGUUUCUGCACUGAGCACGGUAGUCCUGUAAGGAGGUGCACUCACGCUCACCUUGAUUUCGCUUCUAUCAUGCAGUGUAACCAUAACUGAUGUUGGCUGUCAAGCAAAAAAACUUUUUGUCCUUUUUUCUUCUUUUUUUUUUUAAAAUUUAGUGAGCAGCGUGCUCUGUGAUGAGGAGUGUGUUGCUUUCAUUUUUUCUGAGUGACAGUAUUUAAUAUAUUCAUAAAUGGCUCUUCGGAGUGUUGUGUAAUUAUUUUUACAGGGCAUUCCGGGAAGGCGCGAGCACUAAUCACUAGGAGAGCGGCUCAUCCGGCCCUUGUGAUCAAAUCAAUAAUGUGUUGCACAAGUACCUUGCUUGCUGAUCAAAUUAGAACUGAGCGUAGGAACGCUGUCACAACAUCUGUUCCAAAGCAGUGGUGUGAGUUCAGGUUCUUCACAAAUGCUGGACUGUGUGUUUUCCACUCUGAGGACUAGCCUCGUUACAAAAAACCAACCACAGAUGAACACUGAAGUCAACACUAAACAGUGCAAGCUAAAGGUCUUCCAUUGGCUACUGGUGUACUCAUGUUUUCAGACCAG